AUGUGUAUUAAUCUAAUGCUUUGGAGGGAUAGUAUUUUGUAUUACACGAUGCACUCAUCAGUGCUGAUUGCAUAUAAAAUACAGGGUUCUCUUACUCAUUUGUGCAUAGGAUCGUAACUCGUGUUUAUGAAGAGGAACUUGCUUUACUCUCGAUAGUUAGUCAGCAGCUCAGCUCAACAUUUAUUUCCCACAAGUCUCAUCCCUUUAGAAACUUCCCCAUGCAUUAGUGUUCAGACAGUGCUAAAUUGCUAGCGUAAAUGUGGAUCUCUCUCAGACGAUGUGCCAUACUGUUGGAUAUUAUUUGCCAUACGCACUGUUGCUUCAAACUCUAGAAGUUCAUUGGAUUCUCAUACUAUUAUUGAACAAAGACUGCUGUUUGUGACUUCAUCUAUAGAGAAUAAUUGUGGAUAUUUUGUGAUCCAGUUAUAAUUGUUUGUGAAUAACAUUAAUCUGAUUGAGUUUAAUGGUCGGAGUACCUCUGGAAUGUGUGUACUGAAGCAGAAGAGGGUGAACUGAUGAUGUCAUUCUAUUGGAGGUGAAUGCAGGAGGAGAAAUCAGAAUAACAAGAUGACAUUAGUGGUGUUUCCAGAAGGGAGUCAGCAGCCCUCGACUUCAGGACAUCAAUGUAGAUCUGGAGGAAACAGAAUGGCUGGUGCAGGACAGUCUUCAAAGCCAGAGAUGUACAGCAGGGCUGUACAGACAGGCUUUCCACACACCCCUGAAAAUGCCAAUCUGCAGCAAACACACCAACAGCUGCCCAUCUGUGUUUGUGGCCAGGCUGACGAGAACUGUUGGUGUGAGAGCCUUGGGUUCUUGAAGGACCAGGAGUUAUGCAGGGUUGUCUUACAGAAAGGAUGUCCAAGGUCAAGGGUUGCCCUCCUGCUGAGCAUGCAUGAGGAGUUCUGCAAAUCAGCCAGGGGAGAUCCCAUCAUCAAUACAAGGAGACGAGGAAGUGCCCAUGGAGAUAUUAGGGUGAGGCGUUCUAAAGCUGCACCUCCACCAACACUGCCACGUCCAAGAGCUCAAAGCGUGAUUGUACAAAAUACCAGAGCUGCCAAUCGUCUCAAUGAAGUAAACGCCAAAAGAAGUCCUCAAGUAUCUGUAAAGCCAAAGAAAUCAGUAGAUCCUAAUCAACAAGGACAACUUCAUGGAAAAGGAAAGUGUGGUAACAAAGUCCUAACUAAGAAGGAUCAGCAGUAUACAAAAGAGAAAAAGUGCCUUGAAAGAAAUGUAUUGUCCAAUGGCACUGCUUCAAAAGAGGAGAGCAGUUCAGCUGAAGAGGGAAGUCACUUGGACCAAACUAGCUAUGUCUCCAAGGCAUGGCUUUUAUUUACAGGAUGUGAAAAAGGGAAGAAAUCCAAAGAAUCUGUAUCAAAACCUGAAGCGUUGUGUGAUAAAAAUCCCAACAGUGAAGAAGUUCCUGUCAAUAAGGCAUCAAAGAACCAAUCAGCUCGUCUUGAAGGAUCAUUACAAAGUGAUAAAAAAGAUGAUCCUAAUAGGAUCACAGGUCUUAGUGUUAGCUCAAAGAGGAAAGUAACAAACAAAGAUGAAUCAACUCCAAUGUCAUCUGAAAGCUCAAAUAAAAAUGCCAGCCAUUUGAAAGUCAGAAAAUCAGACGAGUCACUUCAAACAUCCGCAAUAUUCAGAAGUGACAAAGAGCAAAGAGUUGGAAAGUCUGAUAUCAGCGAUGAAUGUGACCGCACUGCCCUCCUGGAUAGAGUAACAAUACCCCAAGAUGAAGUGGAGAGUACCACCCUUGGUGCAUGCCAUCUUGAUCCACAAGAUAGUAUCAUGGACCAGGAACUGUCAAUACUUAUUUCUUUACCUCAAGAGUCUAGGGUGAUCUUGAAAGACAGAGGUGUAAAUGACUUGGACCAGAACUCUGAAUUAGCUGGCAAUGAAGUGAAUGAAAGGUUAAAAGACAAUGGGCAUCUGAAUGAGACCUUGGCAUUAUCUGUUCUCAAAGUUGACCGUGUGUCUUGUCAGGAUAAAGAAAUAGGCAAUGAUGUGUCCGAUUGUGAAUCAAGACUUGGUACAAGUCACGAUGUUACGGUGAUAGAUAAGUCAGAGACGGAGGAUGGCAUGAUCAGAACAGAAACAGAAAAUUUCUCUCUUUCAGCUGCCUCUAGUUCACCCUGUUCAAUCAAGGAGGAUGAUUGCAAUAUUGAAUCUAGGCAAAUCAACAACUCUCAAGAAAUGGGCUCUUCUCUGCUCAAAAUUGCACAAGGAAAACCAUGUUCCGAAUCUACUUUGCAGGUCGAGGAUGAUUCUCUACUUGGGGCAUGUGCAAUUUUGAAAAAGGACCAAUCUGUUUGCAAUAAAUGUAACUCUUCGGAAGGAAAUGGAAUUGCCAAAACCUCCCCUGAAAACAAAGUUGUUAGUUGUCACUCACCUACUUGGGAAGAGGAAUUCCCUGUCUUACCAUCUAUCGGCAUUGAUGAAGAUGAAAAGCUAACUUCAAACCAACAACCUCCCAUCUCUGAAAUUCAGUCAUGCGAAGCCUCAAGACAGGUUGUUAAGUCUGCUGCCGGCAUAGAUGCAGAGCAUCAUAUAAAAGUAAAUUUCAAUGUGAAGCAGGAUGAGAGUAAAAGAAUGAAGAAGGAUGAUGUAAUCAUGAAGCAAGGCACUAAGAAUUUACAUCAGAAAGUGAGCAGAAGGUCAGAGAAUGAAAAAAUCAAAGAACGAAAACACCAGAGAAUAAUGAACCCACGCAAGGUUGGCAUGUUGAAAUAUCUCAUUUGCCAAAGCCCCCUCAUCCUAAGUGAAUUGAAUGACAGUGACUUUGAAGAUUCAGAUAGCGAAUCUGAAGAUUUGUCCUAUAACCAGGAAGAUCGAUUUGCCACUUUUCCGGUCGAGAUUGUUCUCAAAAUUGUCAGGGAACUUUGCACGCGUGAUCUCGCCCAACUGAAGGUCACUUGCAAGAACUUUUACUGGCUGAUCAAGAAGUACAACAUUGUAGGAGUUGACUCAAGGUGGGUUGAGAAUGGUGCAUAUCGUGACGACCCAUGUAUGAAGUGCGGUAAGGUGAGGGACAGACGGGGUGAUGUGUCAUUGUGCUAUUUUCAUCCCAAGUACUACUACAGAACAGGGAAUGGAAGACACCACUGGACAUGUUGCUUGAACACCAGCAGGGAUGCUCCAGGAUGCGUUGAAGGUCUCCAUGAUAACCAAUGGACAACAUCUAAGGUAAUGAAGAGAAGCAUCCCUAGACAGUGGAGUUUCAACAUGUGGCAUCUCUGUCCUCACAAGGAUAACAUGGAUCCAUAAAGGUACUGUCUUUAGGUUGCUGGUUACACACUUAUCUAACUAAAGCCCUAUAACACAAAGCUAUGACUGAUUGUAUAGUUGAUUUGAAGGA